GUUGUGCUUGGACUCUUGGAAAUAACCUGAGACAAGGCUCUUUAACUUGUUUCCCGGAGUAUAUUUUCUUACAAGUAGUCGGAGUAAAUUGUUGCAACUAUCCAAAUAUCACGACGCAUUACUGGUUGUGGAAGAGCCUUUAAUCUAGUACAUACUUUAGUUGGACUAUAAACAUGCUUGGUUAUUCAAAUGCCGGGAUACCAGACAAGUCGUGGCAGCCCCCUGUUGCAGUGCUGGAAACAUCGAUGGGUGCGGUUGUUGUAGAAAUGUACUGGAAGCAUACUCCAUUAACCUGCCGAAACUUCAUGGAGCUGGUUAGGCGAGGUUAUUACAACAACACGAAGUUCCAUCGUGUGAUACGGGACUUCAUGAUCCAGGGUGGUGACCCCACUGGCACUGGAAAAGGUGGCCAGUCUAUCUACGGCCCACAAUUUGAUGACGAAAUAACCACAGACUUGAAACACACAGGAGCUGGUAUAUUAUCUAUGGCUAAUGCCGGCCCUGAUACUAAUGGCUCACAGUUCUUCAUUACUUUGGCACCAACUCAAUGGCUAGAUAAUAAGCAUACAAUAUUUGGGCGGGUUCAAAGUGGUAUGUCAGUAGUCAAACGAAUAGGUCUUGUUGAGUGUGACAAGAAUGAUUGUCCGGUGGAUGAUGUGCGGAUUGAGAGAGCAUAUAUACCUAAGUAAUAGAAUUUUCAAUCUACAUGUGAAUGUUUUGUGCUGAGCAGUGUUUAAUUAAGUGCUAAUAUUUUCUUCACCAUUUUUAUUAUGUCAUUUAUUAAGAUUUACUUAUCUAUCAGUUUUCACCAUGUGCACAUAACUAAGAAUGCUACAAAUCAGAAAAAAAUAAUGUCUUCCAAACAGACAUAUUAGGGGCUGUCCAUAAAUUACGUCAUCGAUUUUUGACCCCCCCUAUAAUCAUCCAAAAAUCAUGCUUUAAAUGGCUCCAUUUCCUCCUACUUCAUGCUACCGUCAUCCAAUGUCCAGACCCCCAGCCCCUAAUUUGAAAUGACGUAAUUUAUGAAUAGCCCCUUAGCAAAUUUGAUUGCUGGAUGAAUUUGAAAUAAAGUAUUAAUUUUAUGUCACACAAGCCAACAUAUGUUUUGAUAGUGGCACUGGGUUUGUAACUAUUGUAAUGUUCCAAUUCAUUGUCUAAAGCCAGGGGCUGAUUCACAGAAUGAGGUAAGAUAAGUUUAAACUAUUAAGCACAUAUUGCUCAUAGGAGAUUGUAUGAAAAGCUUGUUUAUCACAUAAGAAAUGUAUGGCAUAGGGCUUUAUAGUUAAAAAAAGAGGACAAGGAGGAUUCUGUACAAAUCUACAGUUUUCAGAUUUUUCCCUGUGCUUAUAUUGUAAGACAGUAUAACUUGCUAAAUUUCAUUUUUUCACAACUUCAAGGGACUAUAGACCUGAGUAUACAGUUUUAAUUUCAACUCGAUGCCUACACGCUUUUCCAAUAUAAGGGAUCUUGACAGACACAUGGACGGACAACAAAGUGAUCUUAUAAGGGUUCCAUUUUUUUUACAUCGUGACAGCUUUUGUGUUUGACAAGGCCUCGAAAAGGCUAAUGGUCACAAAACCUAAGCACAAUAGUGCAUGUUUGUGAUUAAGCACCAAAAUUAUGUUGCCUAAAGCUGUAAUUGCAGCCUGUUAUUACAAGAUCAAAAUGUAUGUGUUAAUUUCAUACUCUGUAACCAAACUGUACAAUUAUUCCUCUAGUUUAAUAAUAUCAAAUAUGUAACAUGUUUUCA